AUGUAUAGCAUGAAUCGUCAGCACGUACUUUUGAUGAACACUUCGGGUAAUCCCAAUAUCGAGUUCAAGCCAUUCAACCGAUACGAAUAUGUGGAAUUACCCGAUAAUAACAACGGCAACUACAGUUCAGGUAUCAAAUUCAACGUCAAUUCAUUACAAUCAGGUUGGUCGGAUCCAGCUAAUGGCUAUGUUAUGAUUGAUUAUUUGCUGAAGAAAGCAAACGGAUUAGCAAUUUCACAAGCAGAGUAUGACAGUUUCUCACUGAACUGUGGUACAUACUCACUGCUUGGUGGCGUGAACAUCACGAUGGGCACACAAAAUAAAGUUAUUCUCGAUGACGACAAGCAUUUACCAUUAACAAAUCACCUUCACUGGAUGGCAGAAUGGAGCAAAGAUUACGCUGAAACCAAAGGUCGUCAGUAUGCUUACGCUCUUGAUGCCAAUGAUGUUCAGACUAAUGCAGCAUAUGGGUACGAGUUCCCUGCAGUCGAUUUGGCUGGUACUGUAGACAACAAAACCGUCAACAACACCGGUGCUGCUGGUGCCAAAAUCGGUGAGUUGGUCAGCGAUGCUGUUACCGUUCCAGUUGCUACCACACCACUACAAAUUGUCGGUAACCAAGCUUUCGCCAUCCGCAAAGCCGUUCUCGAAACUUAUUCUCUCACUCCAUUUGUUGCUGGGGUAAGCACUUCACUCCAGUAUCGUAUUCCGUUCCCAAUGAAGUUCUUCACAGAUGCUUUCCGUGCAAUGGAUUUCGCUAUCUGGAAUCUUCGCAUGGAUAUUAAUAUGGAUAGAAAGACCGACGCUUAUCCAACACUCGCCACAACCACUGCCGGCGUUGCUCAUAAUUUCUCGUUCACUCCAAUCAACGGCACCGCUAAAUUAUACAUUCCAAUGGUCGAGUGGCAUACAGAACACCAGCCAUUGUUCAACACACUAUCUCUGAACUACAGCAAGGAUUUGGAAUAUUUCCAGUACGUUGUCAAAGAAGAUGUCAUUGCGAACAAUUUGAUCGCGUCCGUCACCGACAAGGUCUUGUUCGAGAAAGAAACAGAUCUGCGUCAACUUUACAUCCUUGCCAUGGCUGAUCCAGUUGGUAAUGAUGGUAUCAUUCCUUCGGACAAGUUGUACCCAUAUAUCUACAAUCGCAGAGUCACAGAUGUUACUGUUAAACUAAACACCAAGCCAUUAUACGCGUCUCCAAUCACGUCCGAUGUCAUUUUGUACGAUUAUUACACCCAGUCUUUAGCUAGCUCUGGUUUGGAUACAUCUACAAGUGCACAAAUCGGUUGGAUUGACUACAGACGUAAUUAUUUCCAGACAUUAUUCGAUUUUACAAGUACUGAAGCUGUUAAUGCCAGUAACCUUCUUGAAUGCAAGAUUAUGGCAUCAUUCAAGCCAGUUCACACGAACAAUGUUGGUAACACUCCAAACGUUGCUACUCGCUAUCUCUAUGUCGCCAAGUGUCUGCGCCAUGCAAAGAUUACCAGUGACAACGGUGUUAUGAAUGUCGCUUAA